GCCUGCCAUUUUCUUCACAGUGAAGUUUUACCUGAGGAACUUUAAUCGACGGCAGUGUGAAUAAUAUCAAGCGAAGUUACUCGUUGAGGCGUACAAAUACUGCACACAGUUGUCACAACGUGUGUGGGAAAUGUCGCGUUCGCGAUGAAAAGGAACGGCACAUAUAGGUUUUUAUCGGUUUUUUCUUUCGUUAUAGUUUGUGCCUGCUUGUUGAUUUUUUGGUUUUUUAUGUUUUACUCCAUGGUGCAAGCACCAUGAAGUAAGCUCGGCUGUCAUUCACUCGACUCGGUUGUAUAUGGACGAGCUACCCACAAUGCACCGCUUUGUUUACGCCCCGCCCGUCCCGUGACCCCUAAACACGGAAGUGAAGAGCCCCGUGUGUGAGGUCAUCAUGGCGUCCGACUCCGGUGAAGCAGAGUCGUCCUCUGCAGACAUCAAGCUGCAGUUUGCUCCCUUCAGCAGUGCUCUGGAGGCAGGCUUCUGGCACCAGCUCACACAGAAGAAACUUAACGACUACCGUCUGGAUGAGAGCCCCAAAUGCAUCAAGGGAUACUACUGCAAUGGUGAUCCGGUUGGUUUACCCACCCGUCUGACCUUGGAGUUCAGUGCAUUUGAAGUAGAUGGUUCGACCCCAGCCCACUGCUGUGCGGCUGUUGGCAAACUGUACAACACCAACACUCUGGAUGCCUUUAAGAGCACUGAUAAGAGGGCUCUGCUGGAGAACGAGUCCAAGGAGCUUUGGAAUGCCAUGCUUUCAGCAGAAGCACUAAAAAACCCAGCGGUGCUGUGCAGGUUUAUUCUGCUGACCUUUGCGGACUUAAAGAAGUACCAUUUCUACUACUGGUUCUGCUUCCCCGCACUAUGCUUCCCGGAGGGGAUAAAGAUCAUAAAGCAGCCUGCUGUCCUGGAGAAGGUGUUCUCCGCAAAACAGAUCGCAGCCUUGCAGGUGGCCUAUGAUGGCCUGUGUAUCAAAGCAGGCACCACAGCGGUUCCCUAUUUCCUAAUUAAAUACACUGAUGACGCCAUUCACUUGGCCUUGUUGGCAGAGGAGUGGGCGACGUUCUUCCCGUCUAAGACCAAGAUCACUGUGGGCGUGUAUGAUCCAUGUAAUCUGUCUCAACAUCCAGGAUGGCCUUUGAGAAAUCUACUGGUUCUCUUAGCUAAAUAUUGGGGCUCUAUGGUAGACACUGUGGAGGUGCUAUGUUUCAGAGACAGAACCCUGCAGGGAAUCCGCUCCAUUCAGCAUAGCAUCAUUUUUCAGGUCAAGCUACCUGAACUCCCCACUGACUCAACAUGUCCAAAGAGCGUUGGCUGGGAAAAGAACCCCAAGGGGGCCAUGGGACCCAGAAUGGUCAAUCUCAGUGAAUGUAUGGACCCUAUAAGACUUGCAGAGUCCUCAGUUGACCUUAAUCUCAAACUGAUGCGAUGGAGGUUGGUUCCUUCGCUAGACCUUGACAAAGUGGUCAGCACCAAGUGUCUUCUGUUGGGAGCUGGGACUCUGGGCUGCAAUGUGGCCAGGACUCUGAUGGGCUGGGGGGUGAGACACAUCACCUUUGUAGACAAUGCAAAAAUCUCCUACUCCAAUCCCGUCCGACAGCCUCUCUACGAGUUUGAAGACUGUCUCGGAGGAGGGAAGUCGAAAGCAAUGGCAGCGGUGGACAGGCUCAACAAAAUCUUCCCUGGUGUUAAAGCCGAGGGCCACAAUAUGAGCAUCCCAAUGCCCGGCCACCCUGUGAAUUUCUCUCAAGCCACCCAGUCCCAGGCCCAGAAGGACGUAGAGCAGCUGCAGAAGCUCAUCUCGGAGCACGAUGUGGUCUUCUUGCUGAUGGACACCAGGGAGAGCCGCUGGCUGCCCACCGUGAUUGCUGCCAGUAAAAGGAAGCUGGUAAUCAACGCCGCUCUCGGCUUCGACACAUCUGUGGUCAUGCGCCACGGCCUGAAGAAAGCCCGGCUGGCCAAAAUGCCUGCGGCGGGGACGCGAGCUCCUCCCCUUCCUGUUCGUCGGCUUCCUCUUCCUCGACCUCCACGCCGGCUGGGCUCGGCGGCCUCUGUCACAGGGAUCCUCUCUGUUCUCCAACAUUCCGGGGCACAAGUUAGGCUGCUACUUCUGCAACGAUUGUGGUGCGCCAGGGGACUCCACGCGAGAUCGGACACUGGAUCAGCAGUGCACCGUAAGCCGACCUGGUCUGGCCAUGAUUGCCGGCGCUCUGGCUGUGGAGAUGAUGGUGUCCAUUCUACAACACAGUGAAGGAGGCUACGCGGUGGCCAGCAGCAGUGACGACCGAAUGAACGAACCUCCCACAUCGCUCGGCCUCGUGCCGCACCAGAUCCGGGGCUUCCUCUCCAGGUUCGACAACGUCCUGCCCGCCAGCCUGGCUUUUGACAAGUGCACGGCAUG